AGGAAGCAGCAGCUCUGCCUAUCUGGAAGCCUCGCCGGACGGUCCACAUCGACGGAUGGACGGUGUUCGCAGAAGAAUCCGUGCAUCUGUUAUCACGGCACCUGGACGAAGGGGCUGAAUUACUAGAAAGACGUCAAUGACUCAGACUGACACCGACGGCGUUGAUGAUUCUGAAGGAACAUGUACGAUGUCUAAUAUUCCCGCCGCAGAAAUACCAUCUGUGGAAGAGACCAUCUUCCUGCAGGGCUGGCUCUCCACCGCGACCACUGCCCUCCUUCUCUAUGACUACAUCCUCACUUUCGACUCCGAGAUCAACCUCUUGUGGCGCGGAAGCGGAGUGAUCGUCUUUCGCGUUGCAUUUUUCAUUCUUCGUGCAUCCAUUCUCGGCAACGCGGUCGCUGGCGUGAUAGACAGUUCCCCCCCGGACUCUGAUGCAACCAUAAAAGGGUGCACUUCAUUCAAUAAUGCAUAUCUGGCCUUUUUUCUCGCUGGAACUUUCAUAGUAGCAGCCGUCACCGCCGUGCGUACAUAUGCGGUAUCUGGUGGUCGGUGGAGCUGGACAAUCACCGCGUCAGCGCUGGCUCUUGCAAACUUCAGUCUGACUGUCCUCGUUUCGGUAAAACCUCUGUACUCCCUGAUCGAGCUUCAAUCGUCGUGGAUCUGCGAGAUCUCGGGCAACCUGUCUGUAAAGCAAGAUUUAAUUGACGUUGGUCUUACUGAUAUGCAAUGUCCUGGCCGACGUCGUCGUCAUAGUCGCCACUUGGGUGCGCACGUUCCGGAUUGUCAGACUCCAGGCAAGGAGGCAAACGUGGAAACAAUCGAUAGCCUGGAUUCUGAUGAGAGAUGGUGAGUACUUCCAAUAUUGCGGUAUUAGACAGUUUGAACAUGCUGAACGCGUCGUUCCAUAACCAGGUACCAUAUAUUUCGUGUACGUCUUCACCUCAUAGUAUCGUAUGUUCGUGAACUCGCCCUCAGUGCAGUGUUU